CUUCUAAACACUAUAGUCUCUCUCUCUCUUCUUCAUCUUCUCCAUAAGCUUCUAAAGAUAUAUAAAAGCUUGUGACUCUUCUUCACUUAAAGAAAUAUUUGCUUACGAAAGAAAACCCUAUUCUAUAUAUCCUACAGCAUACUAAAAUCAAAGGGUACGACAUUUUUUUCGUUCUUUUAAAACCCUAAUUUGUUGUAUCAAAGAAAUCAACAAAGGAGCUAUGAGCAAUACUUUCGAAGAAUCACUCAAAUCUAUGUCAUUGGAUUACCUAAACCUCUUAAUCAACGGUCAAGCUUUCUCCGAUGUCACUUUCAGCGUCGAAGGCCGUCUAGUCCACGCUCACCGUUGCAUCCUCGCUGCUCGUAGCCUCUUCUUCCGCAAAUUCUUCUGUGAAUCUGAUCCUUCGCAACCCGGAGCUGAACCCGCUAACCAAACCGGAUCAGGAGCCAGAGCAGCCGCAGUAGGAGGAGUCAUACCGGUUAACUCAGUCGGUUACGAAGUUUUCUUACUUCUACUUCAAUUCUUGUACAGUGGUCAAGUCUCAAUUGUACCACAUAAGCACGAGCCAAGAUCGAAUUGUGGAGAUAGAGGAUGCUGGCACACGCAUUGCACUGCAGCCGUCGAUCUCUCUUUAGAUAUUUUAGCCGCCGCUCGCUACUUUGGCGUCGAGCAGCUCGCGUUGCUUACUCAGAAACAUUUGACAAGUAUGGUGGAGAAAGCCUCCAUUGAAGAUGUGAUGAAAGUGCUCAUAGCUUCAAGAAAGCAAGACAUGCAUCAAUUAUGGACUACUUGCUCUUACUUAAUCGCCAAAUCCGGUCUUCCACAAGAGAUUCUAGCCAAACAUCUCCCAAUCGAACUUGUAGCCAAGAUUGAGGAGCUCCGUCUCAAAUCUUCAAUGCCUCUCCGUUCACUAAUGCCUCACCACCAUGACCUAACCUCGACUUUAGACCUCGAAGACCAGAAGAUCAGGAGGAUGAGACGUGCAUUGGACUCCUCUGAUGUCGAGCUUGUGAAGCUAAUGGUGAUGGGAGAAGGACUCAAUCUAGAUGAGUCCCUAGCUUUGAUUUACGCGGUUGAAAAUUGUAGUAGAGAGGUUGUAAAGGCACUUCUUGAGCUUGGAGCAGCUGAUGUGAACUAUCCCGCGGGUCCCACAGGGAAAACCGCUCUUCACAUUGCGGCUGAAAUGGUGUCUCCGGACAUGGUGGCUGUUUUACUCGACCACCACGCCGACCCUAACGUCCAGACAGUGGAUGGAAUCACUCCUCUCGACAUCCUUCGAACCCUAACGUCAGAUUUUUUGUUCAAGGGGGCAAUUCCUGGAUUGACUCACAUUGAGCCCAAUAAGCUUAGGCUUUGUCUCGAGCUGGUCCAGUCCGCGGCAUUGGUUAUAUCACGCGAAGAAGGAAACAAUAACAGUAACGAUAACAACACAAUGAUCUACCCUAGGAUGAAAGACGAACACACGAGCGGAAGUAGUUUGGAUUCAAGAUUGGUUUAUCUGAAUCUUGGUGCUACAAAUCGUGAUAUUGGAGAUGACAAUAGCAAUCAAAGGGAAGGAAUGAAUCUGCAUCAUCAUCAUCAUGACCCAUCAACGAUGUAUCAUCACCACCACCACCAUUUCUAGGUCUUUUUGUAGUCCCUAUCAUCCUUUUUUGAUAACCAUCAUCCUUUAAUUAAGAUAAACAUAUUCAAUAUCUAAUUAAAUUGUUGUUAUGGUAUUCUUUUUUUCUCUAUGUAUAUGGCCAUGCGAACAAAUUUAAACGUUAACUCCAUGGAGUCAUGGAGAGUGGAAGGGAACACAAACAAAAGGGUCAUUUAUAUAUAGAUGGAUAAAG